UGUAAACCACUGUUGAGUAGUAAUGGCUUAAUUAUUAAUUUCUUAAUGGUGUCUUUCAAUGAGCAAAAGUUUUCUAAUUAUAAUAAAGUAUAAUUUAUCAUUUUUUUAGUUGUUGUUUUCUGUCACCUUCUAAGGGACCUUUAUCUAUCCCCAGGUUAGAAAGAUAUCCUCCUAUGUUUUUCUCUAAAAGCUUGUGGCUUUAGCUUUUAUGCUUACAUCUAUAAUGCAUUUUGAAUUAACUUUUGGUAUGUGUCAUAUACACACAACAUAGGUGAGUUGCAAAACCCUGAGUGGAAAAAAAAAUGCAAAGAAUACAUGCCAUGCAAUUCUACUUACAUGAAGUUCUACAGCAGGAAUAACUCCGCUAUGAUAAUAGAAAUCAGAACACCGGUUUCCUGGAUGGGAGAGAGUAGUGACACAAAGGGGCACAAGAAAAAAGUUACUGGGGUCAUGGAGACAUCCUGUAUCUUAACUGAAGUGGUAUUUACAUAGACAUGGACAUGUGUAAAAAACCCAAUGAGCUGUACACUUAAAUUGCAUGUGUUUUACUUCAUGUAAAUUGUACUUCAAUUAAAAAUGUAUUAUAAAAAAAAUCCCAAGUAAGGAAAAGAACUUCAAUGAUCCUAUGUUUUUUUUCCCUAAAUGGGACAAAAUCUAGUCCCUUGGUAUUGACAAAGAGAAGCUACUGGCAUAUGAAUUGUUAUGAUUACAAGUAUCUAAUUCUUUCAUCAUCAAAAGAGAAUCUGAUGACAUCAUCACUCCCAGAAGACUGAAAUAAUAAACAGGUAAACUGGGCAGUGCCGUAGAACCAAUGCCAGGUUAUCUGAUUCAUGAUUUUUCAAAGGUCUCAGAAUGUCCUGCUUGAAAACAGCCCACUUGAGAUUUUCCACAUGUCUUCCCAAACCACCAUACUGUAAAUAUUAAGUCUCUAAGGAAGAAACUACAUAAAAGUCCUAUGUGAUCUUAGGAAAACAAAAGGUAAGAGUUUGUCCUUAAUUUCAACCAAACUGAGCCACAUUCAAUUCCUUUUCUGCACACAAUUUCAUAAGUGCAUAGACUGAGUAUCAUAAAGGAGCUUUAUAAACUUCAUGGCAAAAUUCCAAGGUCAAAGUACAAAUAAUCUAAAAAUUAUAGUUCAGCCUCUAGCCCAUACUUGGAAUCAACUUUAUAUUCAAAUACUUUUGAGGAAGAGCAUCUAUUUUAUGCUGUUAUUGGUCCUAUCACCUAUUUGGAAUGAUCGUCUUCAUAAUAUUAAUUCAUUAAAAAUAAGUUCCUUUACAACUAUACCCCUCCUUAAAGUCCAAGUAAGUAUUUUCACAAUUAUCUCUUUUCUUUGGAACCCCACCCUAUAAGUUAGGCCGGGAAGUGGCAUUUGUAUUUUGAUUUUCUGUAGGAAAAGCCCUGUGCACUCUAGAAAAGACAAACGAAGGUUGUAAAAUCUCUUGCAUCAAGGCUGGCUUAGACCAGCUAAUGUCCUAGCUAGCUCCCACAAAAAGUGUUCGACUCAACUCUAUUUUCAUAUAGAGAGACAUCCAAGGACGAGAUGUGCCUCAAAUCCUAGUCGAUAUCUGUUAAAUCAGCUGGUUUAUGUCAUGGGGAAUCACAAUUCAACACAGCUUAUUCUGUAUACAUUGUGUACACUGUGCUAUAUUUAAUCUACUUUUAUCUGUUUCUUUUUCCUCUCAGGAAAGGAUGAAAUAUGGAAGAAAAAUAAUUCAAUUGUUACUAUUUUUAUUGUUUCUCUGGGCUUUGCACAGACAGUAUCAUUUCAGCACAAAGAAACUACAGAAGGUACACCGGUGCUGUCAUGGGAACCCACAUAGAGAAGUAAAAGAAACUUUCUGGUGCUUGUUGUGUCGAAGAGCCUUAUGUCUCUGGUGGUUCCAUGGUGCACAACACUCUCACCAGGACCGUGACUCCAUAUGUGGGUUUGUGGAUACUCAAUCAAAAGAAUUAGAGCUAUCAGACUGGUUUUCUCCCAGUGAAUACAUGAACCUGUCUACCACCAGCUGGUCAGCUCCGGUUGUAUGGGAUGGCACUUUCAAUGAAGAAGUAUUGGAAGAGUAUUAUGAAAAACAUAAAAUUACUGUGGGAUUGACUGUAUUUGCUGUAGGAAGAUAUAUUGACUACUAUUUGAAGAAAUUUAUAUUAUCUGCAGAUGAGUUUUUUAUGGUUGGCCAUAAAGUCAUAAUUUAUGUCCUGAUAGAUGACUUCUCCAGGAUGCCUUGGAUACAGCUGCAUCCCCUCCGUUCAAUCAAAGUGUUUGAAAUUAAGCGAGAGAAGAGAUGGCAGGAUAUCAGUAUGAUGCGCAUGAAGGCUAUUAGUGAACAUGUUAUGGAUCAUAUCCAAUAUGAAGUUGACUUUCUCUUCUGCAUGGACGUGGAUCAAAUCUUCAUAAGGAAAUAUGGAUUGGAGACUCUGGGGGAGUCAGUAGCUCAGUUACAUGCUUAUUGGUACAAGGAAGAUCCUAUAGUGGUGCCAUAUGAAAGAAGUGAGUUAUCAGAAGCAUAUAUACCUUUUGGUAUGGGAGAUUUUUAUUACCAUGCUGCUGUAUUUGGUGGCACUCCCAUUCAAGUUCUCAAUAUUGCCAGGGAGUGCUUAAAAGGAAUCAUGAAUGACAAGAAAAACAGCAUCGAAGCAGUGUGGCAUGAUGAAAGUCACUUAAACAAGUAUUUCUUUCUCCAUAAACCCACUAAACUCUUAUCACCGGAAUAUUGCUGGGAUUUUACUAAAACAGAUGUUCCUUUUAUUUACAAUAUCAAACUUGUUUGGGCUAAAAAGGAUUAUGAACAUCUUAGGGUGACAAUGUAAUUAUAUAGCACUUUCUUCAGGUUGCUGAAGUUAAGAGCAUCAUUUUGUCUUAUUCCUUAGGAAAUUAGCACUUGAUAAAUUUUACCACUAAAAAAAAAGAAUCACUAACAAAAUGGCAAGGCCACCAAGACAGCAUACUCAUACUUUUCCUCAUAUUUAUUUUGAAUUGUAUAAGAUGGGAUAUAGCAGUUGCAGAAUGAAUGUAUUGACAUCAGAUGGAAAUACAGUGAUUUCAUAUCCUGUGUGAGUGUUGAGGAAAUAUUAUUUUUUGGAUCACAAUGAACAAAAUAGAAUCUCUCACAAGAAAAUGAAACCUGAAAUAUUUUUAUUGAUCCAUGUGGAUACACAUUUCUCAUAUUGCUUAAGAAAGGGGAUUGUCUAGAGGUGUGGAUAAGAAGUCACUGCAAGAAUAGUAAUAUUCUCUCUAUGUAAAACAUUAAAGACGUUAAAGUUGCCACCAGAUGGACAGAUAAUUACUUAGGAAACUGAGUCAUUCAAAAAAAUUUGUGAAUUUGUAGUUUUAAAACUACAAAGUUGUUUGUUGUAAAAACUAAUUGAAAAGAAAAUAAGAUACAGAGAAAAUUGAAAGCCCCCCUUUACUCUCCCUUUGAAAACCUACCCUUCGGGGUGCCUGGGUGACUCAGUCAUUAGGCGUCUGCCUUUGGCUCAGGUCAUGAUCCCAGGGUCCUGGGAUCGAGCCCCGCAUCGGGCUCCCUGCUUGGCGGGAAGCCUGCUUCUCCAUCUCCCACUCCCCCUGCUUGUGUUCCCUCUCUCACUGUGUCUCUCUCUGUCAAAUAAAUAAAUAAAAUCUUAAA